AUGGCCAUGGAGGGAGAUGGCAGGGAAUCGGACCACAAUGAUCCUCCCUCUAGACCCGUAUCCUCUUUGCUCUCCCAUUUCGAAAACCUCUCACACCGCAAGACUCUGUCUUCGGCUGGCACAAAACCGCAUGAAUCCUCAAGUCAUUUCUUGAGAACCCCCGAGCUUGGCGAUGAGCCGCGCUCUUCGACCCGUGCCUCCCUGGAUCUACCUCGGCCACACUCCCCAUGGAAUGCGACACUGGACGAAAGGCAGAGUCGGCGUGCUGAUCCAUCUACGAGCCCCUAUGGAAAUCAGUUAGGCGCUCGCGGAUCCCCCGGCAGUCGUUAUGGCCGACCCAUCUCGAUGAGCUUGAACCGCUCGUCACCACAGCUGCCGCCCACUUUAACUGUCGAUUCACCCCAAUCGCCGCCGCGGGAGCUCAGGCGGGAGCAAUCACUGCCCCGUCACGAUGAUAAUCGCAUGGCUAGGAGCUCGAUUCAUCUUCCCAGGGCAUCCGUUUCUGCCGGAGUUUCCCCCGCACCACCCCCUCCGAGGCCGAUUACGCCGCAGCUUGGGUCGUCCUUUCCCCUCGGAGAUACAGCCCAACGACUAUCGCCCGGCUCUCUUGCGGUGAAUGGGAAUGGAAGCCCAGCUGAUCGGAAGCUCAAGAGUGCUUCGUUGCCUCCUCCCGCUAACAGGGCGUCGAAGCCGAAGAUCCCAGCCAAACCAGCUCAGUUCUCCCACCCAGAUACCAAUACACUAGCUCCAAGAUCCGAAUUGGCAUCAUCUGAUGACCAUGUUUCACCUUUCAACACUCCGCCCAGCAGUCCAGAAAAGCCCCCAGCCAAGCCGACUUCUGCUAGCAAGCUUCCCCCGAGGCUUCCCCCAGGGCGUCCUACAACCGAACCCCCAACUAGGCGAUCAUUUGAUGACCGGUCACCUGCGCCAAGUUUCCAGGCAAAACAUGAUGCGAGAGAGCUGGGUUUCUCUCGGACUCGUCCUGUCCCCGAACCUUUCCCCAUGAACGUCCAGGCCUUCCUCCUCGACCAAUUGCUUCGGUCCCUCGACAGAGUGCGCUCUCACCUGCUCGGGAACCCCCCUCGGCCGAUAAUCAGUUCUAGCCCGAUGACACCUAUUGCCCGAUCUGCUCCGUCUCAUGUCCAUUUGAACCAUGCCCAGAACCCCCGGCCCCUCCAACCACAACAGACCCUGCCUCGGGAAUCCCAUCUUUCGUCUAGUUAUCAGGAGCGUCGUCCCGUACCCACAGACACUGAGGAUGAAUUGAAUACGGAGGAACCGCCAAUUUCACGUACCGAUUACCCUGAUGCUUCGAUGGCUAACCGCAGGCCACCAUUCCUUAAGACCGGGCCCAAAGAAAUUCACACUCGAUACGACACUCGAUUAAUGGAUGUGUGCGGCAAAUAUGUAUGUACAGCCGGCUAUUUGACGCGCAUAUGGGACCUCACGACCGGCGAGCAGGUUAUGAGCCUCUCACACGGAGAAACUGUGAAGACCCAUUCUCUAGCGUUCAAGCCUGGAGCAACACUUGAGGAAGAAGGCAAACGCAUUUGGCUUGGAACAUCCGCCGGUGAUAUUCAUGAAGUAGAUAUCGCGUCGGAAUCCAUUGUGGCCACCCGUGCUUAUCCCUCUCGUCGGGAGGUCAUUAAGAUUCUGCGUCAUAAGAAAGAGAUGUGGACACUCGACGACGAAGGUCGUCUCUUGAUUUGGCCUGCUGAUGAGACUGGCACGCCCAAUCUGCAAUACAGUUAUCAUGAUCCCCACGAGCGGGUUGCUCGUGGCCAUACAUUCUCCAUGGUUGUGGACGAUACACUUUGGCUUGCAACUGGCAAGGAUGUCCAUAUUUACCGCCCGAAUGCACGCGAUGACGCCUCUUUUAAGCUCUUCAAGCGGCCAUUGGGUCUUCAGCACUCCGGCGAUGUUACCUCUGGCACAUAUACUACGAAGGAUGGUGGCCGCGUGUAUCUGGGACACGCAGAUGGCAAGGUCACUGUUUAUUCUUCAUCCGACUACUCAUGUCUAGCUGUGGUCAAUGUCAGUGUCUACAAGAUUAACUGUCUUGCCAUGGUUGGAGACUAUCUGUGGGCUGGUUAUAAAACGGGCAUGAUUUACGUGUACGAUGUGAAGACCAAUCCAUGGACGGUGAAGAAGGACUGGCGUGCUCAUGACAGCCCUGUAUCCGCGUUCGUCCUGGAUACUAGUAGUGUCUGGACUUUGAACCGCCUACAGGUAACAUCCCUUGGCACAGACAACUGCAUCCGUCUCUGGGAUGGUAUGCUGGAGGACGACUGGCUGGAUGCUCGCAUGCAAACCAAGGAUGUCGAAUUCUGCAAUUUCCGAGAAAUUCGAACUGCCAUCAUUACGUGGAACGCCGGCGCUUCCACACCAGGCAGUGUGCGCACUUCAGACUUCAUUCGAGAUGCUGUCCAUCCGGAAGAUCCCCCAGACAUCGUUGUUUUUGGGUUCCAAGAGCUGGUUGAUCUGGAAAAUAAGAAGAUCACUGCUAAGAGCUUGCUCCUUGGAAGCAAGAAGAAGGAGAAUGGGGAGAAAGAGCACAUGAGCCGGCAGUACCGGGUCUGGAUCGAUCACCUCACCCGCACUCUGCACGAGUGUAUGCCCCUUGAGGAAUCCUACGUUCUUCUGCACAGUUCCAACAUGGUUGGACUAUUCACCUGCGUAUUUGUCAAGCAUAAAGAACGCCAUAAUAUCAAAAACAUCAAUGCUUCGGAGAUCAAGCGGGGAAUGGGCGGGUUGCAUGGAAACAAGGGCGCUCUUGUCUUCCGCUUCGUCCUUGACGAUAGCUCGAUGUGCUUUGUCAAUUGCCAUUUAGCAGCUGGACAAACACAAACCGCUCACCGUAACAACGAUAUUGCUGCGAUCCUCGAGGCGGAAACUUUACAGUCGGAAAACAGCCUGAGCACGCGUACUAAUCAAUUCGCAAGCGGCGGCGAUGGCUCAAUGAUCAUGGAUCAUGAGGUCUGCUUCUUGAACGGUGAUCUGAACUACCGUAUUGAUGCGAUCCCUCGUAACGUGAUCAUUGACGCCGUCCGCCAAAACAACCUUACUAAACUACUCGAACGCGACCAGCUUCUGGCGUCUCGAAGAAAGAACCCAGGCUUCCGACUCCGCAGUUUCAUCGAAGCUCCGAUCACCUUUGCGCCGACCUAUAAAUACGAUGUCGGUACCGAUCAAUACGAUUCUAGUGAGAAGAAGCGCUCCCCUGCCUGGUGCGACCGCGUCUUGUAUCGCGGCGUCGGCCGCGUUAAGCAACUCGAAUACCGACGCCACGAGGUCCGUGCCUCCGAUCACCGACCUGUCAGUGCUACCUUCAAGGUUCGCGUCAAAACGGUUUUGCCGCAGGAACGAGCUGCUACGUGGGAGGCCUGCCAGCAGGAGUUCCAGGAUGAGAAGCGGCGGUUGGCUUCCGAGGCUAGCAUCGAAUAUCUCAUCACCGUCCUCGGCACCGAUCCCCGCCAAGCCCGUGCGCUAAUCCUAAAGGGUCAAUGA